GUCACAAUCAUUUCUUCGCCCUGGAGGCAUACCGUCUUUACCUUUGUCUCACGUUCUGACGUUCGCUCACCAAUAACUCCACUACUACUACCACUACCAUCAGUUGACAGAGACGUCAUCACUCGAAGCACAUAUGCAAUAACACCAUGGACUUCUACGACGGCCCCCAGUAUUCCCGGGACUCUAUUGCGACGUUCGAUAGCGAGCAAAGCAUCAACACCGCCAGCUCAAUCUUCAGUGUUGCCCGAUCCAACUCUCGAGCGUCGACGAACACAGCCUACUCAUCGCAUUCACAACCAUAUGCCCAAGCAAUUUCCUCGUUCGAUCCGCCGCAACGAAGCGCGCCCUCGGGCUCCGCAUCGCACGGCUGGCCAAGCACGAUAGGUCACGACAGGCAACGUGCUGCCCAGAUUGUCACCGACCCGCGACGACUUGCUCUAUACACUGCAGCACAGCGAGCUCCAUCGCAGGCAGCAGAGACGAAGGCGUCGCCGAUUAGCCCUGCCAAUCGUCAACAUACACCAUUGGCUGAGAAGCAAGCAAACAACAAGUUCGCUUGUUCACACUGCCGAGAAGUCUUCACCAAGAAAUCAGACAGGAAGAAGCACUGGCACAACCGCUGCCAGUAUCUUGGUGAUCCGAGAAUACCGGAAGGCGCCUACGAUGCUUUCGUGUGUCCUCAGUGUGAUCACGUCGCUCGGAACGAAGAUCAGCAGCGGAGACAUCAGAAAGUCAGUGGCCACAAGGGCGAUUGGGCCCCGACUCGCUUGUGUGGUAAGGCUCGCUACACUUGUUCAAAUCACGAUACGAUCUUUCACAAUGCUCAUGCAUUCUAUGCACACUUCGAGCGCGACAAUUGCCCCCUCAACAAUCACAGUGGCGGCAAAGAUGGCUACAGGCACCAUCAAGCCAGGGUCGCCGUGCUACUGCAAGAGGGCCGGGAUGAACUGCACGAGAGACAUACUCAUCUCUAUGCUGCCUUGAUGGCGUAUUGCAGCAAUCUUGGAAUGCGCGCGGAUGCAUGGCGACCUAUUGUUCAAAGACUGCCCGCCGAAGAAGCUCUCUCCAUAGCCAACAAGCUGGAAUGGGGACUGCAAAAUGCCAAUGGAUCAGCCGUCAGUCGUCUUGGCUUCACUGAUGUGAUGAAGAUGGUAGCUCAAGCUGUACCUCUAUCUGCAAUAUGUGACUUCAAGCACGAAGCUGCCUGGUGCGUGGGAAACGAUUCACCGAGCCGUUCGAUCGAGCCUUCCGAGCAACGCCCUUCAUCGCAGCCACAAUCCGCUCGCAGUGCGCAAAGGGGACCGAACGACAGUGCAACGAAGCCGGCAUCAGCAUCUGCACAAGCACACCCACGGUCGCAAGAGCGACAGGGUGGCGCAGGUUUUGCAGUGCACAGAACAGAGCCACUUCUCCGUACAAAUGAGGCCGAUUUUACCAUCCCAUGGCCCGAAGCUCGACGUGACUUGAAUCACUCUCACAACGAGAGACGACCGGCUCAACAUUUGCCCGAUGCCUCCAGGCAUUUGCCGGAGAUGGAGGUGAUGAAAAGCACCACUCCGGUGUUUCUGGCCGCAAUGGCGCAGAGGACUGUGCCUGAUAACAAUCAGACACACUGGCACGAUGAGGAUGACUGGGACAUCGUCGACCAAGUUUCGAUGCCCACGGCAAACAUCACUGCUUCCGAUCACGACCAUUAUCCCGAGUUCCAAGCUCUUACGCCGUCUCCCACGAAGGACACACAUUACGAAUGGACAAUUCCGGCGCCGCCCUCGAGGAAGCGGCCUAUUUCAACCAGCAGUUCAGUGCUCCCGGAUUCCAUUGCGCGUUCAAAAGCGGGACCGAAACACAAUCUUGCACUGCGCCCGGCAUCUAAGGACUCCACUACGUCUGUGCAAACGACCGCAGUGCCUCAAUCGCCCAGAACGAGCCAGCGAAGCUCUGGCGAAAGCAUUGUUGGAAAGUGGUUCAAUUACGCGAACUAUUUCGAACAACCUGCAACUCCUACACUGCUACUGCCAGGGACAAAGGGAGCAGACUACAGCGAUGUGAACAACCAUCAGCAAGCUCCACAGUCCACCACUCUCCCGGAACGCAGCAGGACAGCCGGCCAGGCGGUAAAAGCUGUCUUCAGAAAAAUGAAGACUCCAAGUGUGCGCGAAAUCAGCGACGCUCCAUCUGAGUCGACCACAACAUCUCCACCGCGUGCUAGGCCAAUUUCACGCUGCGUGCACUGUGGCAAGAUUGAUGAUAUCGCUUGCCUCACGAACCACAUCUCAGACCGACGACAAGCUCAAGCCCGUCACAAUCGUCGAAAUGGAAGCAUUUUGGAUCCCACCGCAGUCGCCGAAGCGUUUAACGAAUUUGAUCCUACUUUUGAUAUGUUUGCGAACUAUGCUGGAUAUUCCAACGACAGUUACGAUUUUUGAUUUCUCUACAUCGCGGAACGAUUAAACUUGUACAAUAGAAGAUCUUUGCGCCUGACUUGCAGGACCUCAUCCCAGAUUUUACGA